AUGAGCAACACUCUACAAUUCUACGGGUUACCUCAUGAGAAUCCAAACACACAUAUCUCAAGGUUUCUCAGGAAUUGCCAGAGUUGUCAUGCUCCUGGAGUUAAUGAGGACGCCAUCAAGCUGCAAUUAUUCCCUUAUACACUGAGAGAUGCAGCAUUGGAAUGGCUGGAUGCCGAAUUGGAUGGAAGUAUUACCACAUGGGAGGAAUUGACUAGGAAAUUCUGCAAUAAGUUCUUUCCACCAGCUAAGUUAGCAAAAAUCAGACUGGAAAUUCAAACUUUUCAACAGAGAAAUGGGGAGAGCUACCACGAGGUAUGGAACAGAUUUAAGGAGUUGAUGAGGAAGUGUGGAUUGAUCAUAGGAAAAUCAGUUCAGCAACGUAUAAAUCUAUUUGAGUUGAUUGCUACUACUCAUUCCAUGUUUUCAUCAGAAAGAGUGGUGCCUCCAAAAGCAGCGGGAAUAUAUGAAUUAGAUAGUAAAGCAUCUACCAACGCCCAAAUAGCAACAUUGACAAAACAAGUAGAGUUAUUGGUGAAGUCACAAACAAAAGGAGCACAUGCAGUGAUAACUGGCCCAUCUUGCGAAAACUGCGGGGCAAAUUAUCUAACAGAAAAUUGCACAUCUAUGGGCUUUCUGGAGGAACAAGUCAACUUCAUUCAAAAUGACUCUCGAAAUUUUAAUCCAUUUUCACAAACAUAUAACCCAGGAUGGAGACAACACCCAAACUUUAGAUGGUCGUAUAAUCAGCAAGGGUACAGUUCAAACAAUACACAACAGGAGAAAAAACCAGGGGGAGAUGUUCAACCAGUACAUGCAGAAGACAGACAAGGUGUUCCAAUUGCUCAACAGCUUACAGAACACCCACAAGGGACAUUGUCAGGCAACACAAUGGUCAAUCCAAAAGAGCAAGUGCAAGCUAUUACGACUAGAAGUGGAGUGCAACUUCCAGAGAUACAUGUGAGAGACCAGACAGAAAGGACAAAGAAGUAA